GAGUCUCUUUUCUUCCAUCACGGGUUUUCGAGUUCGUCUUUAUCUUGAAGCUCCUCCCAAAUCUUUUCAUUGCUCAUUGAUAAUAGCUCGGUCUUUUGUUCUUGAAUAGUGCGGUUCUGUCGGUGGGUUUGUCUGUGCAUUCGGGGCAGUAGAGAGGGAGAGAGAGUUUGGUUUUAGGAUCAGAGGAGUGUUCUGAUGGCAAGGGCAGCCGCAGGAGGCAAGAACAUACAAGCCAAACUGGUACUGCUUGGGGACAUGGGUGCUGGGAAAACGAGUCUUGUAUUGAGAUUUGUCAAAGGUCAAUUUCACGAAUACCAGGAAUCAACAAUUGGGGCAGCCUUCUUUACUCAGGUUCUGUCAUUAAAUGAAGCAACUGUGAAGUUUGAUGUAUGGGAUACAGCAGGGCAAGAACGCUACCAUAGCUUAGCUCCCAUGUACUAUCGAGGUGCUGCUGCGGCUGUAGUUGUAUAUGACAUCACAAGCAUGGACUCAUUUCAAAAGGCAAAAAAGUGGGUUCAAGAACUCCAGAGACAAGGAAAUCCUAAGUUAAUCAUGUUCUUGGUGGCAAAUAAGGCUGACUUGGAAGAGAAGAGGAGAGUGGAUAAUGAGAUGGGAGAGCAAUAUGCUAAGGAAAAUGGCUUGUCUUUUAUGGAGACAUCGGCCAAAACAGCGCAGAAUGUGAAUGAACUCUUCUAUGAAAUAGCAAAGAGAGUGGUAAAAGCUAGCCCUUCCCGGCCAAAUGGGAUGAAGUUACAAAGACAAGAAAGUCGAAGAACGUUGUUUUGUUGCUCAGCAUGAAAUCUAUACUAGACUGCAUGAGAGCUGCUGAUGCGGAAGAAACUGACUCUGGAAUGAUGAAGCUGAAACAAGAAAUUGUACGCUGAGCAAAUCAUUUUCUCGUGAAUAUAUAUUUUCAUAUGCACUCUGUAAGUCCUCAAAGCAAAUCUGGCACUUAAUGUGCAGUAGAUGCUCCUUUAUUUGUUGAAACUUUAUAAAACUUGAGAUCAAUAAAAUUGCUGUUCCGAAGAAAUCUCCCUGUAUCUAGAUGAUCCGAUGAUCCGAUCCUUGUCACGGAGGCAAAAUGGGUCAGCACUGAUUCGAUACAACUUGUAAUGAUUUGCUCAUUUGA